CCAAAGAAACGGCAAGCAGAGAAGAGAAGAUAGCAGAGGUUCCUUCCAUGGAGCUGACAACAAUUCUUCACUCUUCCCUCACUAAUCCUCCAUUAAGCCCUAAUCUCUUUCAUUCAAAAUUUCCCCAAUCUUUCUCCACACCAAUCCACCACCGCACUUGUCUUCCCUCUCCAUGUCUAACCUUUUCUCCUCCUCUUCCUCCAAAAUCCUUCUCCACAAACUGCUCUGUCUCCGAUGACCCAACUUCCGCAGCUAAUGUAUUUACUGCCGAUCCCUCCAUCGCUUUGAAGAAGAAAGCUGCGGAUAUAUCUGCUGAUCUGAGAGGAACUUCUCUAUUUCUUGUGGGGAUGAAUAACUCCAUUAAAUCCAGUUUGGGGGCACUGCUAGCGGACUUGUUACGAUACUAUUACUUCGAUAGCGAUGCUUUGGUUUCAGAAGCUGCCGGGGGUGAAUCUGCCGCCGUAUCCUUAAAGGAUACUGAUGAAAAGGGAUUCAGGGAGUCUGAGACAGAAGUAUUGAAGCAGUUAUCAUCAAUGGGCAGAUUAGUGGUGUGUGUUGGAGAUGGUGCGGUUCAAAGUUCAACAAAUUUGGCACUCCUAAGGCAUGGCAUCUCGAUAUGGAUUGAUGUGCCCUUGGACAUAGUAGCCACAGGAGUAAUCGGAAACAAGAGUCUCCUUUUGUCAUCAGAAAUAACUAAUUCUGGUUCUUAUUCUGAGGUUUUUUCACAACUAUCAGCUCUUUAUGAAGACAUGAGAAGAGGAUAUGCUACUGCUGAUGCAACUGUUUCGUUACAAAAAGUAGCAUAUCAGCUAGGUUACGAGGAAAUGGAUGCAGUGUCGACCGAAGGCCCAACUUUGGAGGUUCUCAAGGAGAUAGAGAGACUUACAAGAGUGAAAAAGAUGAUGGAGGAAGCAGCUAGACCAUUUUAGUCGACAGGGAACAGGUUCUGUAUGGAAUGUAGCUCAGAUCGAUAUUGUUCUCGUGUUUGUCUCUGGUUUGGUACUCUUGAGAUUCAGUUUUUUAUAUUGUUUAAAGUAGUUUAAAAGAUGCAAAGGUGACGCGUUCACUUAACUGCAUUUUUCAACAUGAGAAAUGCAUCUGAAUUCUGAACAUUGCAGCAAGAUUGGGUAAAUGCAUGGUCUACAUUAGUGAGUAA